CCGGGCACACGCCGGCCCCGCGUUGGUACCUUGCUGCCCCGCGGUCAGCCCCGGCUCCUGCUGAGCAGCCUGCUCGGCAGCAGGCGUGCGUGGCUCCCCCCCUCCGCGUCUCCUUCCUCUAGACGCCCACUCCCGAUGGGUGAACAGACAACUUGAACUUCAGCGCGAUUAACUUCGCCGCCGCCUGGGAAGCUGAAGGUGUCGCCCGCUGCGCUCUCAUGAGUGAUCUUUAGAGGCGGGACUGAGUAUGGAUCAUUUGAACGAGGCAACUCAGGGGAAAGACCAUUCAGAAAUGUCUAACAAUGUAAGCGAUCCGAAAGGUCCACCAGCCAAAAUUGCGCGCUUGGAACAGAAUGGGAGCCCAUUAGGAAGAGGAAGACUUGGAAGUACAGGAACUAAAAUGCAAGGAGUGCCUUUAAAACACUCUGGACACCUGAUGAAAACAAAUAUUAGAAAAGGAACUAUGCUUCCAGUGUUUUGUGUAGUGGAACAUUAUGAAAAUUCCAUUGAGUAUGACUGUAAGGAGGAGCAUGCAGAAUUUGUGUUGGUAAGGAAGGACAUGCUAUUCAACCAACUGAUUGAAAUGGCUUUGCUAUCACUUGGAUAUUCUCAUAGCUCUGCUGCCCAAGCAAAAGGGCUAAUCCAGGUUGGGAAGUGGAAUCCAGUUCCACUCUCCUAUGUGACAGAUGCCCCUGAUGCUACAGUAGCAGACAUGCUGCAAGAUGUGUAUCAUGUGGUCACACUGAAAAUCCAGUUACACAGUUGCCCUAAACUAGAAGACUUGCCUCCUGAACAGUGGUCUCACACAACAGUAAGAAAUGCUCUCAAGGACUUACUGAAGGAUAUGAACCAGAGUUCAUUGGCCAAGGAAUGUCCCCUUUCACAGAGUAUGAUUUCUUCCAUUGUGAACAGCACUUACUAUGCAAAUGUCUCAGCAGCAAAAUGUCAGGAAUUUGGAAGGUGGUAUAAACAUUUCAAGAAGGCAAAAGAUAUGAUGGUUGAAAUGGAUAAUCUUUCUGAACUGUCCCAACAAGGUGCCAACCAUGUCAACUUUGGUCAGCAGCCAGUCCCAGGGAACACAGCUGAACAGCCUCCAUCUCCUGUUCAGCUUUCUCAUAGCAGUCAGCCAUCUGUUCGGACCCCACUCCCAAACCUGCACCCUGGACUUGUAUCAACUCCUAUUAGCCCUCAGUUGGUAAAUCAGCAGCUGGUAAUGGCCCAGUUGCUGAACCAGCAGUAUGCAGUGAACAGACUUCUAGCCCAGCAGUCCUUAAACCAACAGUACUUGAACCACCCUCCUCCCGUCAGUAGAUCCAUGAACAAGCCGUUGGAGCCACAGGUCUCAACCAACACAGAGGUGUCUUCCGAAAUCUACCAGUGGGUGCGUGAUGAAUUGAAACGAGCAGGAAUUUCACAGGCAGUAUUUGCACGUGUGGCUUUUAACAGAACUCAGGGCUUGCUCUCAGAAAUCCUCCGAAAGGAAGAGGACCCCAAGACCGCCUCACAGUCUUUACUGGUAAACCUUCGGGCUAUGCAGAAUUUCUUGCAGCUGCCAGAAGCCGAACGAGAUCGAAUUUACCAGGACGAAAGGGAAAGGAGCUUGAAUGCAGCCUCUGCUAUGGGCCCAGCACCUCUAAUAAGCACACCGCCUAGCCGUCCUCCACAAGUAAAAACAGCUACUGUUGCAACGGAGAGGAAUGGAAAACCAGAAAAUAAUACCAUGAACAUUAAUGCUUCCAUUUAUGAUGAAAUUCAGCAGGAAAUGAAGAGAGCUAAAGUGUCUCAAGCACUAUUUGCAAAGGUUGCAGCAACCAAAAGCCAGGGGUGGCUUUGUGAACUGUUACGUUGGAAGGAAGAUCCCUCACCGGAAAACAGGACCCUUUGGGAGAAUCUUUCAAUGAUCCGAAGGUUCCUCAGUCUUCCUCAGUCUGAACGAGAUGCCAUUUAUGAACAAGAAAGCAAUGCAGUUCAUCACCAUGGUGACAGACCUUCCCACAUUAUCCAUGUUCCAGCAGAGCAGAUUCAGAGCCCCUCUCCCACCACCCUUGUGAAAGGAGAGCAUAGAGGCGCUUUCUUACCAGGCCUGCUGACCACUGGACCUUGGCUGGGUGCUGCUCCUCAGCAGCAGCAGCAACAGCAGCAGCAGCAGCAACAACCAGGUCCCAGACUACCGCCAAGGCAACCAACAGUGGCAUCACCAGCUGAAUCUGAGGAUGAAAAUCGUCAGAAACCACGACCACGAACAAAGAUUUCUGUUGAAGCCCUGGGAAUUCUACAGAGUUUCAUACAAGAUGUAGGCCUAUAUCCAGAUGAAGAAGCAAUCCAGACUCUCUCGGCUCAGCUUGACCUACCCAAGUACACCAUUAUCAAGUUCUUUCAGAACCAGCGAUAUUAUCUCAAGCACCACGGGAAGCUGAAGGACAAUUCUGGGUUGGAAGUGGAUGUUGCAGAAUACAAAGAGGAAGAAUUGCUUAAGGAUUUAGAAGAUAGCAUCCAAGACAAAAAUGCAAACACACUUUUUUCAGUGAAACUAGAAGAAGAAUUAUCAGUAGAAGGGAACACAGAGAUUAAUGCUGAAUUGAAAGACUGAUCUAAAAAGUAUUAUUUUCAUUCAACAGUGCCACUGGUAUUUAAUAAUGAAACGAAAAUUCCAUCUUGCAUUGUGUCAAAAACCUCUCUCAUUCAUUGUUUGGUCAAUGAAUCUUCCAAAACUUGCACAAAAGUUGAAAAAAAGGAUAAUGCAGACUGCACUAGAUGUUUUACUCUGUUUUACAAACUGCUUUGCAGCUACAGAUGAAGCGUUGAGGAUUGUUUGAUAUUAAUUUGUGUUCACUGGCUACACUGUGGUGUACCCAAUAAGCAUGAUACCAGUGAUUUUGAUUCUGGAGCCUUCAGACAAGCAUUACAACUUUUGUGAUUUGUUUCUCAAUUUUUUUUUUAAUUAUUACUGUAACACUCCACACUUGGUCUUUGGAAACUCACGUUUAUUUAAAAAAAGAAAAGAGUUUGUUACUCUUACUCUAUUGUAUGUUACAAAAGAACUAUAGACUGUGGAAUGCAGUUUAAAGAUAACAUAUGCCAACAAAUGCCUUGUAUUAUAUGGCACUGCCGUAAUUCAGAUUUGUUUCUGUUUUGGAAAUAAAGGUCACUGUAUUUUUUUUUUCCAUUCUCAUUGUUAUAUGAUUUUAAAAAAAUGAA